AUGGCAGCCUCAAAUUCUGCAGUGACAUCUAUUGGCCAGAGUCAAAAGGUGCCUGGUUUUGCCAAGCUUCAGGGUGAAAAUUUUGUGUACUUUAUACAAACUUAUUCAGUCAUCUUGGGGCGCAACACUGAAAGCUAUACUGUAGACUUUGAUCUCUCAAAAUAUGAAUGCGGAAGCCAACGAGUUUCCCGUUGCCAUGCAUGUAUAUUCUAUGACUUUAAACUCCACCAUUUUGCCAUUAAAGUCAUUGGAAGAAAUGGAUGCACCAUUCGGGAGGUCUCUUAUCUCCCAGGUAGUGUCCCUAUUAAAUUGAAUUCUCAGGACCUCAUUGAGAUUGCUGGAAUAAAAUUCUACUUUCUCCUACCAUCUCGCUCCAUCUUUGCCACUCUUGCUGCUCGGGAUACUACUUCGUUGCCUCCACAAUCUUCAUCCCUUUUGCACCCUGCUGAUUACCCUGGGCAUCGAAAUGCUAAUGAUUUUGGCCAUAGCAAUGGUGAGAAUGGGGCCAAAAUAAUCAAUGACAGGCAAGGAAAGUUGGUGAAACAAAACAGGAGUUUUUCUGGAGAAUUGGAGAUAUCUAACUGCUAUGUCAUCAGUAAUGCUGACCCCAUUGGAACGCUUGAUGGAUGCGUCAGCAAGCUAGAUAUACAAAGUGCAGAGAAAGAAAUAGACAAUCAACAGCUCCUACUAGAAGAAGAGAAGGUUGUAGCGACGUGUCUUGCAGCCCUGAUAUCUGACCUAUCUGGUCCUAAAGGAUGGGUGCCUAUGGAAAAACUCCAUUCAGAGCUUUUUGAACGCUUUGGUAAGAAUUGGCCCCAUGACAGGGUCAGCAGGUACUUACCACAAAAGGGCAUGUCAGGCUCUUCAACUGAAGCAGAUGGUAGGCCAUGGUGCAGCCUGUGGACGCUAUUCAAGAAGUACCCGGAGCAUUUUGUCAUGAGCACAGUGACAAGAGGACAAGCAAUAUCAGAGUUUGUUGGCUUGGUACAUCUGGUUUCUGUGGAAAAUGAAUCAUGA